CCUCUGUUGUUUCUUGCUUCAGAGAGGUAGGUGGCAGUGUUUGCACCUUUCGAUUGAGUCGCAACCAACACAUUUCAGAAGAAGAAAUCCAGGGGCGCUAUCGAUAUUUACAAAUUGAUCAAGGAACGCUUCUUGACGGACAUUUGGUUUGUAAAGGUUGGCGAUGGACACAUUAGAUGGCGGUGCCAGUGAAGACACAAAUGAAACCGAGACUGUUGGUGCACAGAGCCUGUAUGCGACGCUUGGCUUGUCAUCAGAAGAUGUGGAUGCACUUGCUCAGAUUCCUGAAAGUGAAAUCAGCGUAGAAACCCUCCCCUAUCUAAUCAUGCAACUCAAGGCGAAGAGAGCCCAUAAAGAGUCAGCUACCGCAGACACUGACUACAGAGACAAGUCCAGAAAUUCACAGGACAAGCUGAACACACCCGAAAGAUGCACCAGUGACAGAUGCAGAAGCCCCUUGACUUCCAGCUCAGCGCGGCGCUCUGGAAGCCACGGGAGCCAUGAGCAUCAUGGGAGAGGGGAUGGGCAUAGGAAGGCUGAGAGGCACACAGGAGGAAGAAAAGACCAGAGUUACAGGAAGUCAUCCCGAGAAAGACAAAGCGGGGAUCAUGUGACUGAGGAGACGGAGUCUGGUGACAUCCCAAUGGUUUUCCCACACAAAUGCACUCUUUGCAAGUGUGUGCUGAAUUCCAUGAAGACAUGGAAAGACCAUCUUUCAGGUGUCCGCCACAAAUUACGUGAAUCAGAACGAAGCACUCGCUCAUUUCCACCCCCUAAAAGACCCUGCAACUCUGAAUGGGAUCAGUACAUGUCCACCACAUCAGACCACCUCUACCCUCCUAAGCCCAAUACAAGAGUGGUAGUUGCCAAGUUUCCUAUGGGUGCUGUGGCCGUGGGGGAGCUUUUAGAGCUUGGCAAACCAUUCGGCACGAUUGUGAAACACUUGGUGUUCCCAGCAAAGGGAUUUUUGGAGUUUAAUUCUCACAAGGAGGCUCAGAAUAUGGUCAAUCACUUCCAGCUGAAACCAGCCUUCAUAAAGGAGAACCCAAUAAUCCUCUACUUAUCACCGACAGUGGAAGGCAUUUAUACACCACCCAAGUUUGAUAUGCCUUCACCAAAACGAACAAAACGUUCAAAUGCACCUUCGGUGGUUUGUUUUUCACGUUUGCCUACGGGGGAGGGCGUGGAGGCUGAAGUGCUGGAGCUUGCGGGCAUGUUUGGUGAGGUGUGGCAGUCAAAGUUCACCGACUGUAAGGCCUUGAUUGAGAUGGUUGACUGGCGUGAUGCUGACAUCAUGGUGAAGUAUUACUACAGUAACCCACUGAGGAUUCAGGGCAAAAGUGUUAAAGUGUCCAUGUCACACAUCACAACCCUGAGAGAAAAUAGUCCAGAGUCUGUGAGCAGAAAAACUGACUCAAGCAAGUACAGCAGACAAAGAGAAGAGUCUACAUCUAGCCACAAGGACAAAGGCGACAGCUCAAACCAGGAAACCACAGAGAAAGAAGAGUUGAUGGAAAGUAAAGACAAGGUUCUUGAAGAUGAGGAGGGAAUUCAGUUGGAGGAUGAACCUGGGCUGCUUGAUGAGGGGUCAGAAGGCAUUGCGGUUAAAACUGAGGAGAAAGAAAAAAAGGAAGAGGAGGAAAAGAUGGAAGAGGAGAAGCCUACCACUGCUGAGGAGGAGAAUAGAGAGAGAGGAUCAGAGCAGAAUCAAGAGGGAGAGGGUGAUUUGGAUGAUGCAGAAUUUCCAGAGAACAUAGAAGAUUUCGUUACAUUAGAUGAGCUGGACAACAAUGCAGGAGAUUCUUCUGUGCCAAAGGAUAGAAAAGUAGUGGUGGUGUGGCCUGUGAAGAAGACUCCUGACUUGAUGAAGGAUCUUUACAGUCUGUCUGCACCCUUUGGCAGUAUGGUGAAACAUUCUUUAUCCACAUUCAAACAAGAGGCUAUGAUUGAACUGGAAACCGCUGAAAAAGCCCAGGAAAUGGUGCAGUUCUACAGAAAUCACAAGUCAACGAUAUGUGGCAGGCCGGUGUCUGUUUCCAUGUGCCUUACCAUGAAAACAAUAGAGAGCCCUAGUGGGAGGUCCGUUUUCAUCAGCUGUCUUCCCAACCAGAGGUACCUACGACAGAAAUACACCGAAAAAUCCCUCUUCAAACUGACUAAACCUUUUGGAAAACUGACUGGCUACUCUCUGCACAGGUAUCAAGGGACGUGUUACAUGCAACUGGAGAGUAUAAAGGCAGCUGAAAAGAUGGUUGCGCAGUACAGUCGGAGGCCUUGCAAAUUUUGGGGGUCGGUGCUGAAGAUAGCUAUGUGCAGGAAAGGGGAUUCUCUGAUUCGCUGGAGAUACCCUGAAAAUGCAGAGGAAAGAGAGUUAAAAAAGGAAACAAAAGAAAUUAAACCAAGCACUGAAAGGACAGAAAAUGACCAGAACCAGCACAGUUCUUUACCGGAUUGUGAAGGUGUUGGUGGGGAUCCAAUUUGUGAAAGUAAAGGUUCAGAAGAGGAUAGUCAACUGGACAAAACCCCUCUAAACCCUUAUCAACCAGACCAAAUUGUGGGUGUGAACUACGUCAUCCCAGUAACUGGUUUCUUUUGCAAGCUGUGUAACACAUUCUACACCGAUGAGAAGAGAGCAAAAUCAGAGCAUUGCCGCAGCCUUGAACACUACAACAACCUCAAGCUUAAACAUGCUGAAGUGGUGAAAGAGGCAGAUGGACACCCAGAUGGCUGAGUGAAAAAAAACACAAAGAAGACAAAGACAUUGUACUUUUGAUCCAUUGUUUUUUUAUUUGUUUUCAUUCCAGUUAGUUUCCAUAUUCUUUCUGUUCAAAUGUUUUGUUUUUCAGCGUGUCACAAGAGUGAGUGAGUGUGUGAGAGAGGCAGAUUUUGUGGACAAAAAUUGUGAAGCCAUUGUGAUGGUUUGGAUGUUUAACAGUAAGCAGAACGAACAUGUAUAUCAGAUGAAGUUACGCUAAGCUCUUGAAAUAAACUCACGUUUGUUUACUGUCACCUGUAUGCAUAGUAUGAAAGCUUCUCCAUUACUAUCUUGAUAAGAGCAGGUUACCUUUAGUUAUGAAAGCCUCUUCAGUGGUCAUGGCUGGUAAUGAAAUACACUGUGUGUGAGAGUGCAGGUUUACUUUGACAUAACACUGAAACCUAAAAUGGUUAAACCUCACAGUAUUAAAUUAUUUGUAAAGAAAUUGGCCCCGAAACUAUAUGAAUGAGUGUACAAUUUUCCAUCAGUUCAGCAGACAUUACAAAUGUAUCUCACCACAAACUAAUAUACUAUACCUUGCAGCUUGUGUCUGUGAAGGUCAGAAUUAAAUGAACGUGCAAUGAUUUGUACAAGUAGAGGCACAUUUGUGAAUACAGUUGUUCACUUUUGUGUAAAUAUAUCAACCAAUGUUCCAAUUUGAACAUAAAAUGGUCUGGUGAAGAGUUUACCUUCCACAAACACAUAAACAACUACCAGUAAAUAGUAAGAUAUAUUUGCAACAAUUAUCGAAAUGAUAGACAUUUGUGCACACAAUUAAACAUUGAGACUAAUAUCAUCUAGUCCUCUCUUUAUAAUAGUCAAACAAUGUUGAAUCAAAAAACAAAUGUUUCUACAUUCCAAUAAACUAAACUAAGACAUUUAGUAAAUAGCAAAAAAAAAAAAUGGUUAAAUGGAUUUAAAAUCAAACCACAAAACACAACCACAGCCAAACAUUUCAGUCAUGACAAUUGGAAAGUAUUUUGAUUGUCAAAGGUACUGUGUAUAGAUACAAAUGUGAAACUUCACAAUAAAUAAAUAUAAUAAUCUGCAAUACAGUCCUAGCAUCAGAAGCACAUUUACUUUACAUGCAUGUUAGUUAAUGCAUAAAAUUAACAAAAGUUGAAAAUAGCUGCAUUUAAAAUGACUUUUAAUAAAUACCACAUUCUUUUGUAUCAGUUUUACUUGAUUCAGACUCUUAAGCACACGAUUCUUUUCUCAUAUCAUAUGUAUCCAUCUUUUUCUUAAAUGCGGAAGUAAGCCUAUGGGCGAGAUUUCCGUUUCAUUAGCUGCUAUAGGUGAAGAAUAACAACGUGCAGUAAACGGGAAAACUGUUUGCACUACAAAGCAGUGUCUUCAUAAUUAAGAUAAUACAUAAAAAAAAUAAAAGACACCAAUUUUCAGUAUCAAGCAGCAAAACGAGCUGUUUUGUACGGCUAAAAAUAGAUGAGACCGGAAGCUAGACCCAUAGAGUUUACAAAUGGCCGCGGCCAUUUUUACGGCAAGAAAAAGGUGGAUAACAUCAGUUCUUUGCAGUGACGUCAGAAAUGUCUGCAAAACAAUGACAUUUUUUGAAGACAUUAUAGAAUGACCUGAGUCGAUUAGUUUGGCGCGUUCCGCUAGCAGGAUUAGGAACCUUUAUAGUUAGAAUACAUCAACAAUAAUGUACAUUUUGUAGCAACUGAGCACAGUAUCACUUUAAUCAAAUACAUUUACAUUUUAAGCACUGUUUAUUUUGUAUAUCUUGACACACUGAUUGGUUACAUAUGGCUUUAAGUAAAAAUAGACAUUUUUUCAGAAUGUUCCUAUUGCACAGCAUGCACAACUCGUUCAGCCCAACUCGUAGAGCAUGGGCUUGCAAUGCCGAUAUUCUGGGUUUAAUUUCACAGGACACAAUUUCUUAAAUGGACUUUUAUGUUGCUUCGGGUAAAAGCAUAAGUCAAAUGCGUAUUUAUAAAUGAACGUUAAACGUUCAAGUAUCAGAUUGUCAGCUUACCAUUCUUAAAGGGCUACAUGUUUACAGAGAUGCACAUCUCAUCUUUAAGAGUUGAGCAUUUUGAUACUAUAUUCAAUUUAAAUGGUUUAUUUUGCACAUUUUGGCCUUGAUCUGGAGCUUGCCUGAGAGACAAUAACAGCUGGCACUGGUGCAUUGUGGGUGAAGGGACAACACUCUGUGUGUAAUUCAAGGACUGGUGUAAGCAGUAACAGUCCACAGUUCAUCUAUAUACACACACACACACACACACACACACACGUACACAUUCCUCCUACAACUGGAGCUCUAGAUUUGGCUUUCAGCUCCAGUACAGA